ACUGCAGUGGCGGAUGCGGCUUCUCUGGCCAUGCUCCGUAAUAGAGCACUUGCUCCGCGUGCGACGAUACCCGUAUUUAUCACAGCCGGCAUCGUGCUCUUCCUCUUCGCCUUUCUCGUAUGCUUCUUGCUCAUCGUGUUCUGCGCACGCACCCGUGGCUGCUAUCCUUCCAAACGUAACUGCACCGUUUGUCCUAGCGACGUUAUUUCGUCCAUUGACAAAACCCCGGUGAAACUUGUCCGGUGCGACGGGGAUGGGCUCCAAGCCUCCGAGGCCAGCUGCUUACUCGGCUUCACUGGCAAUCUUGGCGCUCCGGACGUACCGGUUGUUUAACUGGAAUGCAGCCCCUCAUCAUGUUCACCGUAUCAAAUAUGACCAAUACAUUGGCUUGCUCUUUUGCGGCUCUCUCCAAUGUUGAGUCUCAAUAUCACAUCCGGCAGAAGGAUUACGAAUCCUCAUUAUUUCUAAUGUACCGCUCAAUGUACUAUCCCUUAUUUUUAUGCCUUUGUACCUUUUUCGACAACGUGGUCAUGAUUAUGUACAUACACUUAUCCAUUUUUCUAACCGAUUCUCCCCAGAGUGACAAACACAUUUUGUUCUAGGUAUAUCAUUUUCAAUCUGAACAAUGAUGAAUCGGUGAUUCUUGUUUCUCCGUGAUUAAUUCAUCAUCUUUGCCUCUCAUUUGGAUUCCUCGGCACACUUUUUGAUGAUAUGGUUUCCCAUUUCUGCACACCUGCUUAUUUUUAUCCGUCUUGUUCACACUUUGCAUCCAGCAUACUGCUUUUUCAUGUCUCUUCUUUUUCUAUGUGUUUCCCCGACGCUUUCUUGCCAGAUUGGUUUGUGUGCUUGACGACAUUUUGAUAGACCAUUGACUCUCUGA